AUGGUCGGUGCUGUCUCUGGUGUUGAGGGCUCCAGCCUGGGUUCAACUUCCCCAAGGUGGCGACAGUUGGGUUUCCAGUCCAGUGACCCUCGCACUGAUCUGCGCACCGGUAUUUUGGCGUUAGAUUGCCUGGUCUACAUGGCGGAAAAGUAUCCCCUGGCCACCAGCCAAAUGAUUCGAGAGGCCCAAAGUAAUGGCAUCGAUUAUCCUUUCGCAGUGGCCAGCAUCAACGUGACGCAGCACUUGGCCCGGUACUUUCACUUAGUCAAGGACGCCUUUGGUUGCCCGAUGGAUCCUGCGUCCCCCCGCGCUGUCCAUCGCUUUGCUGGGCUUUUGCACAGGCUUGGUGGUGAAGCCAUUGAGCCAUUCUGCGAGCUUCACGCAGCUGUGAUGACUCGUCUUCAUUGCAACUGGCGGCGGCGGAAGCAAGAAGAGCCGCAAAUCACAGUUAUGCAUUUUUCACCAGUUCUGGACGAAACAUUGAAAAUUUCGCGCAGGUUCUGCGAAUCAGCGCGAAUGCUCAAUUCGUCAGAAUUUCGGUCGUUAGUGAAUGAGACGGAGGUGGCUCCAGUCUUGACACCGCCGGUGUUGACAACAUCUCUGAGACCCGAUGAGGAGUCCAAGAUCACGGAGUCGGUGCAAGCCACGGUGCGGCGCGCCACGAAAACGUAG